AAGUGGCAUUGUCCAAUCACUUGGGCCUAAAACUCUGGACUUCUGUCCAUCCACGAAGACACAACAAUCUGGACUUCUUCUGCCCAGACGCAUCAUGUUUAGAUUUCCCAAGGGGUUUGGCCACCAAGUGAUUGCUUUGACCCGACAGUAUGGUUCCAGUUCGACCCCUCGAGCCACGUGUCUUUAUGAUUUUCACGUGGCCCAGGGCGGAAAAAUGGUGGACUUUGCCGGCUACUUGAUGCCAGUCCAAUAUGAAGGUCUGGGUAUUGCUGCAUCCCAUCUUCACACCCGGAAGCAUGCUUCAAUUUUUGAUGUGUCCCACAUGCUUCAAACGUGCAUUCGCGGGAAAGAUCGCAUCAAGUUCAUGGAGAGUUUGUGUGUGGCCGAUGUUCAAGGCUUGAAAGAAAACCACGGAACCUUGUCCGUGUUCACCAACGACCAAGGAGGCAUCCUCGAUGAUCUGAUCGUGACCAAAACCAACCAGGACGACUUGUAUCUGGUCACGAAUGCCGGCUGCAGAGAGACGGAUGUGCCGCUCAUGGAAAGCAAGGUCCAAGAUAUGCAACGCCAAGGGUUGGACGUGACUCUGGAGUAUUUAGAAAACCGUGGCCUGAUCGCUCUUCAAGGUCCUGAAAGCGCUCGUGUCCUUCAAAGCCUCUGUCCCCAAGUCACUUUGAGCCAGAUCAAAUUCAUGACCAGUUGCGUCACCCGAGUCAAUGGAGUAGAUGACGUUCGGAUCACUCGUUGUGGGUACACUGGCGAAGAUGGAUUCGAGAUCUCAAUCCAGGACUCGGAGACCGCUGGUUUGGUGGAGAAAUUACUCAGCUCAGAAGAAGGAAAAGUGGAACUAGCUGGGCUCGGGGCUCGGGAUUCCCUCCGAUUGGAGGCUGGACUCUGUCUCUAUGGGAAUGAUAUUGAUGCUAAGACCACCCCCGUUGAAGCCGGACUGACUUGGACCAUUGGUAAGAGGAGACGCGAAGAGAAAGGCUUCCCAGGCGCUGAAGUCAUCUUGAAUCAAAUCAAGACUAAGCCCAAAAUUAAACGGGUGGGACUCAUUUCAAGCGGUCCUCCGGCUCGGUCCCACACGGCUGUUAUUGACCCCGCUCAGGGCACCCCAGUGGGCGAGAUCACGAGCGGUUGUCCUUCUCCAUCGCUCGAGGGACAUAAUGUGUCCAUGGCUUAUCUUCCCACGACGUUAUCCAAGAUUGGAACCAAGGUUCAGCUCCAAAUCCGGAAAAAGACCGUUUCGGCGGAAGUGGUGAAGAUGCCGUUCGUUCCGUCCAAUUACUACUCAAGUUAAGAUCGACUCUCUCGCUACCAAGACCAAUGAAGAUCAAACAAGCAGGGGUCGAUGGCAUAUGAAUAUCGUCUGUAUUGUCGGUGAUAAAUAAAUAAGAUCAGGGCAGGGCUGCCAGAUUGUACAGAA